UAAAACCACCACCUGGUAGCUGGUUUUGCAACUGACAACAAUAAUGAUAGGGUUUUCGGUCUUCAGUUUGGUUUAUCUAUUGAGUUUUCUUGGACAUUCUGGAGCGAUCGAAAUAGACGAGUAUCUUGCCGUUGACAAUUGCGAUGAAUAUAAACAACAGUCAGCUGUGCCACUACCGAUCACUGGUAACCCAAGAUGUAUUACGAUAGCACAGAACAAUAAGCGCAUUACUGAUGGAAAGCCCCUAUAUACCAGUUUUACUGAUCAAUUGGAUUUUAAAGACAAUACUCCUCGCUUUUGUUUCGACCAAAGCAAUAAACUUGUUGCUUUUGAUGCCUCUUUCGACAGUAACAAUCCAGAUAAAGUUGCCAAGGUUGAGAUUACACCAUGUAGAAAUGCGGGAUACUGGACCAAUGGAAACGUAUUUUGUACUGUUCCUGAAUGUUCGAAAUAUGUAGAGCAAACGAAUACAAAAUAUUUUGAAGAUGAACUGCAUGUUACUGUGAAUAUGAAAGACCUUUACGAGAUACCGGUAACAGGAUUGGGAGUAACACGUGGUGUCAAUGUUAUAAAGUUUGGUGGAACGCCCGAUCAUCGUUUGAUAUAUAAUAUUAAGACCAAUUUGACAAAGAAGCUAAACACCGAAGAUUUUAAAGAAUACUGUGAAAGAUAUGGUCCUUGUUAUAAGGGAGAGUUCCUAGGGAGAAGCGAUAUACUCUACCUUAACGGUGGGAGGCCUCCAUUAGUUUUUAAACGACAAGGUGAUGAGGUAUUCAUUGUUCUCAGGUACGAUCCAAGAAUGUUUGCUUUUCGCGAUCGCCCUCCUUAUGUGUCCUGUUAUUACACACCUGAUAAAACUUCCGAAGAGUGUGACUCACCAACAGGUUCCUUUAAGUGGACAAAAUUAUGGAAGGCUUCAUUACCUUAUGAAAAAGAAUGGUUGUCGUUGCGUUUCUCCACUCGAUGGUCUUCCAAACAAGAUUGCAUCAUUCGAGUCACUGAUACCGAGACGGGAAAUGAUCUUAUUAACUUUACUGGGCCCUGUGGAAGAUAUGCUGAUAUGGAUUUAGGGAAUUUUCCUUAUCCUAGGAUUGGCCUCUUUGGUAAAGGUAUAAAUGGAUCUGUCAAAAUGAGAUUCAAAGAUAUUAUGUUCAAAUGAUGAUUCUGCUCUACUGUAAGCUAAUUUACGUCGAAUAGCUAUGUUUUUAGACUGAACUCAUUGAUUAGUUCCUCUUUUAAUAGUAUUCCGAUAAACGACCUUGAUAAUAUUUAUUAUAGCAUAUAAAAUAAACAUGUAUAUUAUUAAUUAAGAUUCGUUACAUUUAUCCAUUUUGAAAUCGAACUGAAAUAAAUAAAGUUUUAUUUUCGACCUA